ACAGAAACACUCGGUCGCUGAGAAUGUAAAUAUGAAAAUCUCAGUUGCUAAAAGUUUAUCAUGGAGACGUUUACAACUAUAAAAAUGCAGAAUGUGUUUAUAUGGAAGCCGACUGAUCCUCACUUAGUUUGAUUGUGUAUUUGGAGCUGUCCGGCUGCAAACGGUCUUAUUUUUGGUAAGGAGGUUUUUGCUGUAAUGGCUUGUAGUGAUGAGUGGCAGGUAGCAGGGCGCCGUAAAGGAGCUGCUAGAAGAGGAAAACAACCUUCGAAUCCAAAACUAGACUCACACCAGGUGCCUGACUGCAUACCGGACAAGCAGAAGAUAAUAAACGCCAUGAGUGAACUGAGAGGAGAAAACUUCUGGAUGGAAUGGAAAGAUCUCCUCUCAGAGCGUUUUCUUUCCAAUGCUUCUGGUUCCUCAGAGCAGAAUGGAGACGUUUCUCUUCAGCACUGUGUGUGUUACGGUUUGGGUCACUUUGCUUCUUGUGUAUCUGCCCGGUACCAGCUUGCAAUGUUGUUACUGCUUCUAGAGACACUGCAGAUUCCAGUGGGCAGUUGUUGCGUGUAUGAUCCUGUGUUUUCUGCGUCAGAGCGUGAGGCUCUUAAAGAGCUCGGCUUCAUCGUGUUGACUGAAAAUGAGGAGGGAAAGCGAGCGGUUUAUCAACCCACCCUGUUUUACCUGAUGCAUUGCGGGAAGGCUCUGUAUAACAACCUGCUGUGGAGAAACUGGACGCCUCAGAUGCUAAAGAAAAUACUUAUAAUUGGCAACAGUUUUCAUGGCAUUCAAGAGAGGAUGCUUCAGAGAGAGUUUGAGAGAGACUACAGCUUCCUUUCAAAUGUGAUAAGUGUGUGUGACGAGGCAUCUUUGCCCUGCUCACCGCGAUUCCUGGAUGUGUUCAAUGACACAGCGCUCAUUCAGUUCCCUCUGGAAAAUCUAAACAAACUCCCAGAAUCCAUUUGGACUGAGCCUUCAGAGCCACUGUAUCAACACUGCCAAGAUCUCGAGAUCAUCCAGAAAGAGAAAAAGAACUGAAAAUAUCACUGCUUUAAACGUGCAACAACAUUUUUGUUAUAUUUUGCUAGUUUAUUUCCACUUUUCUUGUUGUAUAUGUAAGUUUUUUUUUUUUUUUAAUUAAUAAUAAAAAUAUACAGUUUUUUUUU